AUGCGACAAUUUACCGAGGGAGAAACAGUAGCCGUACGUGAUUACCGUGGACCAAAUCAAUGGACAAGUGGACUUGUAACCAAACGUGAAGGACCGUUAAAUUAUCAGGUAGAAGUUUCGCCAAACAGUAUAUGGAAACGUCAUGCCGACCAAAUACGAAACUCAGACUUUAACGAUAAACAGGGAGAAGAAAUUCAAAAUGACAAAACAGUUGAAAUAGAGAUAAUUCCGGAUGAAUCAACUGAGCAACCGGCACAAGAUCUACAACUGAAACAACAAGACAACGAACUACCUUUGUCAGAACCAAUUCAGAGAAGAUAUCCGUUGAGAACCAGAAAGCCGGUUACUAAGUUAAAUUUGUAA